AUGAAAGAAAACGACAAGGAUUUGGAAAAAAUGCUAGCCAAACUACCGGACGUGUGCCGAGUUUGUUUUUCGGAAGAUUCCGACAGUCAGACGGAUUUGUACCACAUCGACGAUUUGUACGUGAAACCAGACAGUAUGAAGCAUGUGAAUUCAUUCCGCGACAUUCUAGCUAUUUUUGUAACCGAUGAGUUUGAAUCACAUGGAGAAUUGAUACCAACGAGCAUUUGUGCCAACUGUACAUCACGAGCACAGAGCGCGUAUGAGUUUGUCGAGCAAUGCCAACAAUCAGACAAGCAGUUGGAACAAUACUUCAAAAGUAUAAGGAAGACAAAAACACCAAAAGUUAGAACCGAACCAAAGCAAUCUGAGCGAUUUGCACCAGCAUCCUGCACGGAGGAGGACAUCGUGAAUGUUGAAGAAGUAACGAGUUCGCCUUUCAAAGGAGAUGGAGAAAAACACCCCCAGCCAACCUCAAACGAUGGCAAGAAAUCGGAAUUAAAUACGAAACUGCAAGACAAUCGAUGGAGCUGCGACAAAUGCGACAAGAGCUUCAGUCGGCCGCAAACGUUACGCCGACACUCUUGGAUACAUGACGACACAGGCCGCAAUAAGAAAGCUUGCAGUCUGUGUGGUCGCCAGUUUUUACGAUCGGAUGAUUUAACGAGACACAUGCGGACUCACACCGGUGAGCGUCCUUACGAGUGCAAACUGUGCUUGAAAUCGUACAAGCAGAGAUCGGAACUGAAAGAACACAUGCUGACACACAGCCGGGAAAAACAUUUCAAGUGUUCUUUGUGUAGCAAACAGUUUUCCUCGCGUAAUGGUCUGUACGUGCACUUGAAGCUGCACAAAGGAGAAAAGCCACACGCUUGUACACAUUGCAACAAACGAUUUACCACAACCAGCGAGCGAGUUUCCCACAUUCGGCAUAUACAUUCAUCCAAAAAAUGA